GAGCAGGCGGUUAUAUAAUAGGGAAUGUUCUACUACUGCUGCUGCCGCCAGCAGUUUGUGGUGAUCCUCGUCUGCCUGCUCUACAUCCUGCUCGUGCUCGCCUUCUUUGUCAACGUUUUUAUCGCGGAUCGCAACAUGCACGCGAAUCUUAUGAUGAGGAACGGACGGCACGGGGUUCACGGCGGAGGUGGAGGAGUCCCUCCGCCAGCAGGCAUGCAUCCGGGUCACCACAAUCCGUACGACAUGCAUGGCUACAACCACUACAGCAACUACCAUCCGCAAGUGGAUUCCAAUCAGCAGCAGGAGUUGGCCAAGAAGACGCCGCAGCAGCAGGCCGAGCAGGACAUUUACUACUAUUUCAAUCAUGUAUUCAGGCGGCGACGGCGAUGAUGGGGAGUCACACGCCCCAAACAAACGGCCCAAAAUUUAAAUCUUUAGUGCAUUAACUUAUACUGCAUCCACUACAUACAUAGAUAUAUAUAAAUAUAUACUAUAUAUAGCAAAGCAGCGGAUUAUGUAAAAAGAGAAGAGGGAAAUUAAUUAAUUAAUUUUAAAUUUAUUAGUAAUCCAACCAAGAACCAACAAUCCGAUAUCCAUCUUAUUAAAUAAAUAAAGCCACAGCAGAGUUAUGAGAAAUCAGCCAGAGAGUCGAAUGUGUUUCAGCUAUGAAUCGGCUAAUAUAUGUCAGCGGAACAUAUAUCUGGACCGAUUCCAAUGAGAAAUUGAGCGACCAAGCUAACCCAGCCAAGUUUGCAUUUAUCUACAGUCCUUAAUAAAUCAAAUUUAUACAGAUAUUUAUUGAAAAAUAUACAAAACGUUAACCAACUAAUCGUACACUAUAGCUUACCAAUCAUAUACAAGUACGGAUAUCUAUAAACAAUUCGAUUAGCUAAAGUGCUUCAGCAUAACAUGUUGUGGAUAGCAAAAUCCCAAGGCAAAGGUUUUCUAAUUUAAUUAGAAGUUCUCAAAGUAAUUACUUACGGGGCAAUAACGCUAACACAAAUUUUCCCCGAGUUUUCUUCGGCUUUUUGAAAGCUUUUCGCAUUAGCAAUCCACUUGGAUUCUGAUCGGGUCCUUAUCCCUACAAUUUUGUCAAUUUAUCUGUGUAAACGAGGAGGACAUGAAGGAUAUUGUUCUUGUUUUUGUGGGGGAAAUUCAUGUUUUUAAUAUAUAUAUAUUUUUGUUAAGAGAAUAAUAAUUAUAUAUUGUUUGUUUCUAGUGUUAAAUUGAAGAAAGAAAAUAUGAUGGAGAUAUCGUUUCGUUUCACAAAAGAAAUCCUUGAAAGUGCCUUUAAUUUGCUAAAACGUGUUUUUUAGAUAAAACCAAUUUACUAGGCUUAUCAAUAAUGCAUUAAAGAAUCAAUAAAAAAAUAUACUUAUACUGUAA